AUGGAGGAAGGAGCAGAUGACUGCGAGAAGGCGCAGAGGAAGCGUCCAGAUAUCACUCUCCGAAGAGCACUCCGGAAGGACAAGGAGACAUCCGUGGUCCAGACGGGAUGGAAGUUCCUCUGCCAGGAACGCGGCAUAAGAGAUCGGAUCGAGGAGAUCAUCCCGGAGGUGACCCGCAUCCGAGUCGAGACAUGCCUCCUGCUCAAUCUCCACUUCAUCCGCCUCCUGGAUGAGGGACGGCCCAUACCCGUCAUCGACCAGAACUUGGUCGGACGUGCUAUGCAGUGUACGUACUCCAAGAAUCCGCAAGCGGACCCAGACCUCCACGAGACAUUCGUCCACCACUACCUCCCCCUCUGCCCCAACCGUCCGAACAACGGCUGUCUCCCUCGCAUCACCAACGUCCUCCUGGACCUCCGCAACCAGCUCCUCAGCAACAUCAAGAAUCACGUCGCGGUCCUCUUCCAGUCACGACACCGGGCCUUCAUGAAGCUACUCCUCCGAGAAGCAGCUCCUGAGGUGCCGUUCUUCGGGGACGCGGACGAGGAUCUGGAGUCAUGCACCCGGCUGCUGACGACCGCCACGUUGUGGCGUCCGAACGAGAGCGUUCGAGAGCUGCUGCCGGAGUAUCCUCGCAUCUACGGAAAGAUCCCCGAGGCAGCCAUCGAGUGCCUGCAAGAUCUGGUCGACUCCGUCAGGCCGGAGGUUGGGCCGCGGCCUGCGGCGCCCCAGAGCAGACCUCACCUCUACAUGCCCUGGAUGAGGACCAUCAGCGAGGAGUUCUCGGACCGCGACCUGUGGUCAUUCUCCCUCGUGCCUCAUGCCUCCUUCUCUGCACCCUUCAUCGCGAUCACUCCCACCACAUGGCCCGAGCUGCAGCCCAAGACCGGCAAGAGAAAGGCUCCCGGAGAGCUCCGCGAUGCUUUUCCCUCCAUCGGACGGCUGGAGAGCGGUGGGAAGACCUUCGCAGACCGGAUCACCACGGACGGAGUGUCUACAAGCGUGUAUUUCUUGGUGGAGAAGAGGACGCCCCCUCCGGAGGACAGAGUGGUCCACAUCCACCCCGAGCAGCGCGUGGUGGGAUUGGAUCCAGGAAAGCACCCAGACUUCCUCACCGGCAUUGCCGUGACCGGAGAUUGGGACGGAAUCGAGCGCCAGGAAGAGAUCAUCGGUCUGGGAACCCGGGACUUCUACCACCGAGCGGGUUUCAAGAAGCGGACGUCCCUCAUGCACUCCUGGAUGUCCAGAGACCUGGAUGUAGCAGCCUUCAACAAGGAUGCUCCUUCGGGGAACACCGUGAGCCUGGAGGACUUCGGGAAGAGGGUGACCUUCGUCUGUGCGAACCUGUACGUCCUAGUACGCUUUCACACCGCGAGGAGGGUCCGGAAGCUGAGACGGCGAGUGACGAUCCAGAGGCAGAUCGAGGUGGACAGAGCUUGCAGGGCGAUCACGGCAGGGAAGAAGACCGUGGUGGCUUUCGGAGCAGCACAGGUGUGGGCGGGCAGGACCAAGAGGCAGUGUGGGCCAUGCGAGUCGGUGAAGAGGCGCCUCAGCAGCCACCACAAAGCGACGGUGGUCAUGAUAGAUGAGUUCAGGACAAGCCAGGUCUGCAGCACGUGCCACUCGGACGUCGACAAGUUCGCCGUGCUCAAGAGGCAGCGGGUGAUGGAGGAUGGACUCCCGACGGUGACCGAAGGAGGGCGUCGCAAGGACGAUGACGAGGACGGAGGAGGGAGGACAAGCUACAAGACGUGCCACAACGUGCGAGCGUGUACGAACCCGCUCUGUCGCAUGGUGUGGAAUAGAGACGUCAACGCAGCUCGUAACAUAGCUUGGAUCUGUAUGAGCAUAGUCAGAGGCGAGGGCAGGCCAGCGGAGUUCACGAGAGCAGGAAUACUGUAUCCCUCGAGAGUAUCAGACCCCGUCCUCGGGGCAAAUCUGGGCACGUAUAAGGACAUGCCUAUAGGGCUCGCCAUAUGGAGAGACCCCACUAAUCGCUUCGUGUGCAAGUCGGAGCCCCUGGGUACUGGUGGGAGCAAGAGAGUGUACCGAGCAUUCGACAGAAAGACGGGCCGCGAGGUCGCUUGGAGCAGGGCUCCAUUGCCGUCAGAGGGUACGAGGGAGACCACAGACAUACUCGACGAGAUCGAUAUGAUGAAAUCGCUGGACCACCCUAACAUCGUGAAGUUGAUCAGCUUCUGGAUAGAGAAGCGGACGAACGAGGUGAUCCUCAUAACCGAUUUAUAUCACGGAUCUCUGGAUGCCUACGUUCGCAAGCAUGGCAAGCAGGAACCGUGCGUGAUACGAAAGUGGACUAUCCAGAUCUGCGAGGCAAUAGAGUAUCUGCACUGUCACUUUGAGAAUCCGAUCGCUCACCGCGACAUAAAGUGCGCCAAUAUAUUCGUGAACAACUACACGGGCGACGUCGCCCUAGGAGACUUAGGCUUCGCGACGAUGAUGAGCAGGUCCAAGUCCGAUCGUUCCGUCCUCGGUACGGCUCACUUCAUCGCACCCGAGGUCCUCAGCGGCCGCGCCAGCCGCAAGGGCGACAUCUACUCGCUGGGCAUGACGCUGAUCGAGAUGGCUACGCUGAAGAAGCCCUACUCCAUGAUCAAGAAUCAGAGUCAGCUGUACAUGCUGGUCCUGGACGGUGCCUCUCCGGACGAACUCGUCUUCAUAAAGAACAAGAAUCUUCGGGCACUCGUGGAAAAGUGCAUCAGGCCCUUAGAGACGAGACCUUCGAUCGGGGAGGUGCUGAGAGAACCUUUCAUCACGGACUGGUUCCCACUAAAAGAUUUCGCAGAUCGAGACGUGUCAAAGAUACUAUCUAGCACUUCGAGUAUACGAGUGAUGGCAAAGUGCGGCGCAAAGACCGCAUCCGGUAAGACCUGUCGUAGGACCGUGUCUUCCGGUCAUAAGCGGUGCUAUCAACACAAGCGGGCCAAGUCCGGCAGAAGAGCAGUGCCAAAGAGAAUGACCAUGAGAGCUCACCCUGCCAACGCCGACCGCAUCCAUCGGCUGACCGAGAAGCUUCUGAGAAAGGGUCUCACCAGAGCGGAGAUGAAGGAGCUGAAGCGGCGCGUGAGGUCUAGGGACGAGAUGAUGAGAUCGUUCUGGCUCUGA